CAUCGCUGCAUCUAACCCUGAACUGUCUGAGUGGCUCCGCCGGACCCGGUGUUUACUCUGACGCUUCAGGGCUGUUCCUCGUUCGCAGGGUGAAGAGUUUCGAGGGAGUUGUCUCGCUGCUGAUGCUGGGGAGAUCAGUCCGUUAUCUCCCAUCUUCUCUUAUCGCCAUAUCUCCUCUCUCCCCCCGGUCUGCGCGUCUGAGUCGACACCGGUGGCAUAUGGACGCGCUGGAUGGCUGGUGCACUUAGCAAACCAGCGUGAACGUUUUUUUUCCUUUUCAUAUCAUCAUCUUUCUUUGCCUUUGAGCCUGAAACCAAAAGAGCAACUACAACAAUGACGGACCCGGUCAACCAAGAGUCCUACCCUGUCCCAGACCCGACUAUAGUGGAUCCCAGCUCGGCUGCGUUGCGGAACGGCCAGUGCGCCCCAGAUGGCUUCACCAACAACCAUCACCAGUCAGCCAAAAGCCCCAGCCAGCCCGAGGCGUUCACCACGGGCCAGGAGAUGAAAAUCACAGACAGUGUGGAGGGAGAAGGUCUCCUGGAGAGCAGCAUGCGCCUAAAGCCCCAUGAGGCUCAGAGCUACAGGAAGAAGGCACUCUGGGUCUCCUGGAUCUCCAUCGUGGUCACACUCAUACUGGCCGUGGCAGCUUUCACUGUAUCAUUCAUGAGACACAGCGCGUCAGCCUUUGGAUUUGCCUUUGAUGCCACGCUGGACGUCCUGUCAUCAGUCAUUGUCCUCUGGCGCUACAGCAAUGCAGCAGCUGUGCACUCUGCACACAGAGAGUAUAUAGCAUGUGUAAUCCUUGGGGUUUUGUUCAUUCUCUCCUCCUUGUGCAUCCUUGGAAAGGCCAUCCAUGAUCUUGCUACCAGGGUGCCCCCAGAAGUGGAUGACUUCCUCUACAGUGUGUCUGUAGUGAGCGGGAUCACAUGUGCUGUGCUAGCUGUGGCCAAGUUCAUGCUGGGAAGAGUGCUGACUAGCCGGGCACUUAUCACUGACGGGUUCAACUCUCUGGUCGGUUCAAUUAUGGGAUUUUCCAUUUUGAUCAGCGCCGAAGUCUUCAAGCACCAUACUGACGUCUGGUUUCUGGAUGGCACCAUGGGAGUUGUUAUUGGACUCAUCAUUUUGGCAUAUGGCAUCAAACUCCUGAAGGACAUGGUGCCCCGUGUGAGACAGACGAGGAACUACGAACGCUUUGAGUGAGAGUGUGUUGGCCAGACGAGCAGGUUCAAAAACACACACACACACACACACACACACACACACACACA